AUGAUUCUCAACUUAUUUUUCAUGCUAAAUCUUUUCGUGUCUUCUCUUCAGCAGGAUUAACUAUUGAUGGUGAUUGAAGUAUGCAGACAUGGUGCAAGAUCCCCAAUCAUUUAGGAUGAUAAUCUCACAUAAACUUACUGGGAUAUGGGCUUAGGAAUGCUUACUAAUGUCGGAAUGAGGCAGCACUAUUUGCUAGGAAGUGAGAUUAGACAUAGAUAUAUAGAAGAUUAGCAUUUGUUAGACUCAGAAUACAAUGCAGAAUAGAUUGAAAUUUACUCAACUCUAAUGGAAAGAACUUACCAUUCUGCAAUAUCAUAAUUCUCAGGAAUAUAUCCAGACAUCUAACAAAAUUUUAAAGACAAGAAAUUAUCAGAAACUUAAUUAAAUAGAGCUAUUCUUCCAAUUUUGAGAGAUACUGAUCAAGAUUAUUAAAAGUUACUUUUGCAAGUAAAUUAAGAAUUAGGUGAUAAUAUUUCUACAGACCUUUAUGCCCAUCCUCACGUGAAUCAGUUAAAACAUUAUUACAAUUUUGCUAAAAGCUAGUAUAUAGAAGACUUAAAGUGUCCCUUUAGAGAUUAAAUCAGAGAUGAAUUUAGUAUGCACUCAAGUAGUACUGGUGAAUUCAAAGCUAUUUAUUAGAGAGCUAAUUUGAUGCUAUAAAAAAUCCAAUUGACCUUAAAUAUAACUAAUAAAAAAGUAGAUCCUGAUUCGAUAAUAGAUCAAAUUUAAAUGGCUUAAGCUAAUGGACUAAAAAUGCCUUUCACAUUGACAGAUUAGGAUUAUUAAACAAUUAAUGAUUUUAGAAGAUAUGAUUUAUCCACAAAAUUUGCUCUAAAAAAAGAUGCAGCUUUGUUUGAUACUUAAGAGAUAAGGAGAUUAAUGUCUGAAAAAUUGAUUUUGAGAGCUACAAAUACAACUAACAAUAGGCUCAUUAUACUAUCUCUGCAUGAUACUGAUAUUUCAGUUUUACUGUUUACUAUUGAUCAACCUUAAAAUGAAUAGUCACCAGUUGCAACUACUAUAUUUUUUGAGCUACAUAAAAGCUUUAAUACUUCUCAGAGUUAGCUCUACGUAAAAGCAAUAUACAAUGAUAAGUAACUUAAUCUUCAUAAGUAUUGCUAUGACACUGAUAACUCUACAAAAUUCACUCCUUAUUUAUGCGACUACGAAACAUUUAUUAGUAAACUUCAAGGAGACUAGUUUAAUUGCCAAAUAUAGACAAAUAGUGAAACAAAAUUAAGCAAUAUUUAGAUUUAUGGAAUAUUAUUCGGUUUACUUGCUUUGCUUUUAGUACUAGUAAUUAUUGGGUAUUGGAUUGUUAAAAGAAGUAUUAAGAAUAAAGAAGGAUUAAAAAAGAAAGAAUUUUUUGCUUUUAAUUGA